GCAAGUUCAGACAGUUUUGCUUCUAGUCAGCCCACUCAUUCAUGGAAAGUAGGAGACAAGUGUAUGGCAGUCUGGAGUGAAGAUGGACAGUGUUACGAAGCAGAGAUUGAGGAGAUAGACGAAGAAAAUGGCACCGCCGCAAUCACGUUUGCUGGUUAUGGCAAUGCUGAAGUGACUCCACUGUUGAACCUCAAGCCUGUAGAAGAGGGAAGGAAGGCGAAGGAGGACAGUGGCAGCAAACCCAUGUCGAAAAAAGAAAUGAUUGCCCAGCAGCGUGAAUAUAAAAAGAAGAAAGCUUUGAAAAAAGCACAAAGGAUAAAGGAACUUGAGCAGGAACGAGAAGACCAGAAGGUGAAGUGGCAGCAGUUCAACAACAGAGCCUAUUCUAAGAAUAAGAAAGGCCAG